CAAUUAACAUGAUUAAUAUGAAAGUAAUCAACUUUUUCAGAGGACGUCAUGCCUUCGGAGUCGUUUACAGAUGUUCUUCCGGGAUUUACAGGGGAGUGUAAUCCAGAUAUCUUCAACCUCAAAGCGAGGCCGAAGGUUACAGAGAAGAAACCAGGCCAACUUCCGGACCAUAUCAUAAAACAAUACUUUGAAGAUGGUUAUGUGAUCGUGAAGGACUUCUUUACUAAGGAAGAAUUGGAACCAUGCAGAAAGGCUAUUGAAAGAUUUGUUGAUCAGCUGGCCCAAAAAUUAUACGAAUCUGGACGAAUCAAAUCGCUCUUCAGUGAGUACGGGUUUUUUGAACGCUUGUCGAAGAUUGAAAAUGAAUUUCCUGGAGCUAACAUAGUUCUACACAAAUACGGAGUUUUACCACAG